UUGAACAUUUCACUGGCAAAUAGAAGAAGAGGCCUCCAUGGAUGAAGUCAUCCACAGUCGGAAAGAAACAUUCUAAGAGUUGAGAGUGAGACUAUAUAGAAAGAUCGAGUUCGAGCCGUGUGUUAUCCUUCGUUUCUUCUCUGUUUUCUUUGAAGCGGAACCAUUCCUUUGCAUGCAAAGAUGACGAACCAAACAGCCGUGAACGGUGGAAAUGGUGCGAAGCCACACUUCGUCCUGGUGCCGUUCCUGGAACAGGGACACAUCAUCCCCAUGGUCGACAUGGCGCAUGUGCUCGCGGGCCGCGGCGCCCAUGUCAGCUUCCUCACCACCCGGCUCAACGCUCUGCGGAUCAAGCUCAUCAUCGAACGCGCCGAGGAGUCCCGGCUGCCCAUCGAGUUCGUGGCGCUCUGCUUUCCGUGCGCGGAAGUCGGCCUGCCCGAAGGGACGGAGAACGCCGACGCCCUGCCGUCGCACGACCACCUCGAUACCUUCUUGCGCGCUUGCGCUAUGCUCCGGGAGCCGCUGACGUCGCACCUACGCCGGCACCAUCUGCCUCCGAGCUGCGUCAUCUCCGACGCCUUCUACACGUGGACGGGGGAGAUGGCGCGGGAGCUGGGCGUCCCGCGGCUGGUCUUUAAUGGCUACGGGUGCUUCACCCUCCUCGCUCGCUACAUCUUGCAUCGGGAGAACGUCUACGAGCAGGGAAUUGAUGAGUCGCAGAUGCUGGACUUGCCCGGGUUUCCCCAUCGGCUCCAGAUCAGUAAGGCCCAAGCGCCGGGGAACUUCAUGGGGCCGAGGCUGCAGAGGUUCCGCUGCGAGGUGAUGGAGGAGGAGUCGAGGGCCGACGGCGUCGUGGUCAACACCUUCGACGACAUAGAGGCUCCGUACGUGGAAUCCUAUCAGAAGGCCAUGGGAAAGAGAGUCUGGACCAUCGGCCCCCUGUUGCGCCUCUGCGGCGGCGACGCCACCCACAUGGCUGCAAGAGGAAACAAGGCCGCCAUCGAUGGGAACGAGUGCAUACGCUGGCUUGACUCGAUGAAGCCGAGCUCUGUGAUCUAUGUGAGCUUUGGCAGCCUCGUUAGCUCCACGCUGCAGCAAAUCAUCGAGAUAGGAAUGGGCCUGGAGACUUGGGGCAGGCCCUUCAUAUGGGUGAUCAGACCCGGGAAGCAGGCGGCGGAGGUGGAGCGGUGGCUGUCGGAGGAGUUCGAGGAGAUGGUGAGGUCAAGGGGACUGGUGAUCAGGGGGUGGGCGCCGCAGAUGGUGAUCUUGUCGCACCCUGCCGUCGGCGGGUUCGUCACCCACUGCGGGUGGAACUCGAUACUGGAAGGCAUGUCCGCCGGCCUGCCCAUGGUAACAUGGCCUAACUUCGGAGACCAGUUCCUCAACCAGAAACUGGUGGUCCAAGUGCUAAGAGUCGGGGUGGCUGUGGGAGUAGAGAACAGUGACGUGCUGGUGAAAAGGGAGGAGGUAGAGAAGGCUGUGUCGGAGCUGAUGGGAGGAGGGGAGGAGGGGGAAGCGAGGAGGAAGAGAUCGAGGGAGUUGAAGGACAGCGCCAAGCGGGCGGCGGAACGAGGCGGUUCUUCUCACGACAACAUCGGCAUGUUGAUUCAGCAAAUCCAGGGAAGUAGUAUUGAUGGGUGUGCGAUGUGAUGUGGCUCAUAAGAUGUAUUAAAGAUGAUGAUU